CAAAAGCGAAAUGAUGGUUCCGUUUCUUUUGCUAGAAAUUGGACAGAAUAUCAGAAAGGAUUUGGUCAUGCCGAAACUGAGUACUGGCUAGGAAAUGAGGCUAUACACGCACUAACCCUGAACACAUCUUCUCUGUAUGUAAAACUCCAGAAGAAAAAUGGCGAAGAGUUUUAUCAGAGUUACCCAGAUUUUUCUAUUUCGGACGCGAGAGAUGAUUAUCAAUUGCGCAUUGGACCCCAUUCUAAAAUGUCUGCAGUUUCUGAUGUCACGGAGUGCAAUGGAUUGACAUCAUUUCUCUGUAAAAAUGACAGAUGUAUCAGUGAUCAAAAAGAGUGUAAUGGUGUAGACGACUGUGGAGAUGGAUCUGAUGAGGAGGAGUGUGAUGAGGAAGAAUUGUUGGUCUUUGCAUACAGAACGUCUCUAAACGUGAUGUCACUAUCCAACCUUACUUCCCAUGUUGUCCCAUUACAAGGCGUUAAAAAUGCCAUUGCUGUUGACUUUGAUCCUGUAGAAAAACAGAUAUAUUGGUCAGACGUUACACUAAAUACAAUCAACAAAGCCUUUCUGGAUGGUUCGGGACAACAAAUUGUGAUCAAUGGGGUCCCUCAAGCAAGUGGAAUAGCGUUAGACACGGUAAAUCGUAGGCUGUAUUGGACAGAUGCUGAUAAAGGCACGGUUGAAAUGUCAGAUUUAGAUGGUGGACAGAGGACGACGAUCGUCACGGAUGGCUUAACGAUGCCAAGAGACAUAGCAGUAGACUCGAAGAACAAAAAGCUCUAUUGGUCAGACGUUGGGGGUGAUACCAAGAUAGAAAAAUCAAACCUGGAUGGCACAGAUAGAGUUGUUAUUGUGAACACUUCUAAUGGAUGGCCAAACGGAAUUGCACUUGAUACAGAUAAUGGUAUAAUAUACUGGGGUGAUGCUAGAUUCCAUCGCAUCGAGAUGGCCAAUUUGGAUGGAUCUAAUAGAAGCAUUUUGUUGAGCAGCGAAGUAAAACAUCUUUUUGGACUUAGUCAGCUAGGAGAUUAUUUGUAUUGGAGUGACUGGAGAGAUUCUUCCAUUGGGAGAAUAAACAAAAACCUUAAAGAUAACGCUGAGCUUUUACAUACCACUGAAUUCACCCUGACGCCAAUGGACCUUAAGGCAUUUGUCAUAAGGGAUCAGAAACGAAAUCGUCUGAUAUUUAAAACACCAGAUCAUAACGUUGAGGAGUCGGAAUCCUUUUUUCACGAUUUCACUGAAGGAGGAUGGUGGGUGGGGGAUCGAACCACUUCAUAUCUGAACGGUGUUUACGGGUCUCCACGAUGGAGGAACAUCUGGCUUCCUCACAUAACUUCAGGAGAAGAUUUUCUUUCCUCUCAAAUGAUGGUUCGUCGUAACAUACGUCAAUAAAUGUUGCAACUCUU